AUGCCCUCGCGGCUUCCUUCCACUUUCGCGUCUUCGCUCUCGCAGUGCCUUCCGGCCACCCGGUCACAAUGCACAUCACACGCAUCACACCAAUUGCACGCCCGCAACUUCUCCCGAUCAUGUCGUAACGAACAGACGGCGCUGCGGCGAGCCAUGUACGACUGGCUGAAUGGGCCGGGCGCCAAGCUCCGGCAUCCGCUGCCCGGCUCGACCAACUACCUCGGCGCGUACGACAAGCAGGGCAACCUACUACGAGCGACGGCCAAGCCGACGAGGAUUCGGGAGGAUGGUGAGGAGGGCGGCAAGGAGGAGGAGUCGAGCGACGGAGGACUGGAGAGCCGUAUCGAUUCGGCGGACAAGGAUGCAGACGCUGAAAACAACGAGCUGCCGCGGGAGAACAGGACAGACUUGACGCCGUUCCCGCUCAACAAGCAGUUCUACAGCCAGCCGGUGCUGAGCGAGGAGCUGCGCGAGCGCAUCUACAAGGCGGUGGUUGAGGACAAUUUACCACUGUCCAUCGCCAGCACGAGCUACAAGGUCUCGAUGGAGAGAGUGGCGGCGGUCGUGCGGUUAAAGACGAUGGAGAAGCAGUGGGAGGAACAGGGCAAACCAAUGGCCAAACCCUACUCCAAAGCCGUCCUCGGCAUGCUCCCAACAACAUGGCUCGCCCGCAACCUAGCCUCGCAGCCCGAGCAUGAAUCCAUCGCCGACCUGCCCGUGCACCCGGCCACGCGCCAGCAGCUCUUCUGGCCGACAUCCGAGUCUCGCCGCUUCACGCGCUCCGACGCGGCGGCGGCGUUCGCUCCGGGCCUUCUGCCCGCAGACAAGCGCAUCCCGCACCCGGACCUGGUCGAGGCCGAGCGCGACGAGUUCGCCGGCCUCGCCUGGGACGAGCGCAUCCAGCGCCAGCACGUGCGCAACGCCCGCCACGCGCAGGAGAAGCUCAAGCGCGAGGCCAAGGCUCGCGAGGUCGCGGCGCGCACCACGCGCGUGCCGGGGCGUCGCUGGGACUUUAAAAUUCAGGACUUUAGCGUUGAGCAGGUGGGCAGGGAUGGGAAGAAUCCUGGUGGUGUGGGGUGGAGGUACGGCGCGCCGCACGAGGAUAGGAAGAGGGGGCAGAUUAAGAUACCCAAGAAGGUGGAUGUGUGA